ACUUUCAGCCAGUGACAGUUCCUUUUCACAUCUCCACUGAGCGGAUGACAACAGAAUUUUCUAAUAUUUUUUAUAAGUUCCUCUCCAUACUUCCGUAACUCCUACAGUAUGUGGAUUUUCAGGAUUGUGCUUGUGGUGGCAAUCGUUUUUGUCCAUGCUAAAGCUGAAUCUACUGAUUUAGAACAAUUUUUUGCAUCUGGUGUUAAAGAGGAUGGUUCUGACUUAAAUACAGAAAGACAGGAUAGGGAAACUGCCAGUACUAAUGAGCUUCUUCAGUUCAUGAAACGCUCUGGAUUGUUUCCAGCUACAGGUGUAAGAACUACAAAUGUAAACACUGUUAAUAACGAAAACAGAAAUCAACAAUUGUUAGCUGCUCUCCAAGCCAUUAACAGACAGCAAACCAAUCUUGGGUAUUCACAGCAGUACAUGCCUCAAAAUUAUGUAAAUACGCAGCAACAAGUACCUGCUUUAAUUCGAAGUUUACCAACAAGUAACUUGAUUUAUCAACAGCAGCAAACAUCUGUAACAGCCAACAAUAAUCCUAAUUUCGCUUACCAACAACAAACUCCUUUAACAUCCAGCCUUGCCUACCAACAGCCACAAUCCACCAGUACAAGCUCUAGCAUUAAAUUCAGUAGUUCUCAACAGAAAGCAAGCAAUGAUGAUGGAAAUCUUUCUUAUCAACAACCUCAGCAAACAACCGAUAUUAACAAGAAACUCGAUUAUCCUCAAGAAAAGGAAUCCAGUACUGAUUCUCAGGUAACUUAUACUCAGCUUCAGCAAAGCAGCAAGCCAACUGACGAUAAAACUGCAUCUAAAGCCGAUAGGCAAGGAAUAUACGAUUACGAAGCUCAUGGUUACGAUAAUUCACAUGCUGGAGGAUAUGGCGGAGGUUAUUCAGGAGAACACUACAUUUCUGAACCAGUGGGUUAUAACGGAUAUAAUAAAAAUGUUCAUAUCCCUGUGCCAACAGUAGCCAUUAAGCUUGAUCCUUUGGGUUUCCUUAGACUUCUUCUUCAAGGUAUACCGAGACCUAUACUGAAUUUAAAUGGCAAAGUCUUCUUUGGUGUAGAACUUGGUAAAGGAGUGGGAGUUGGAAUAGGGAAGGGAGUUGCGCCAGCACCUCAUUAUGGAGGAGGAGGGGGAAAAGUGAUAACUCUAGGAUAAAAAAUUUAAGCAUACAAAUUGAGAUAGACAUGUGAUAUGUUAUUUUGUCUGAAGGAUUAAUUUUAUUAUUUCCAGUUCUCCAAAUUUUAAAUUUGCAUUUUUAGCUCAUGGAAUCUCACAAAAAUGAUGUGAUAGAGAACGGAAAUUUCUUAAAUGCAUUACAUGUGAAAUACACAUUUUCAUUUCAUGCUGGGUCAUGGUAUUGGGUUAAGUAAAAUUCAAUAUUUGUUUUUAAUUUUGAAGGUUUGAAAACAAUCAUCGCUUUUCUUCUACAGAUGAGUAAAAUUGAACGAAAUUUAUGAAUGUCAUUAUACUUCUAAUUUUUAUUUCGUCAUAUGAGAAAAACUACACAUUACUAAAUGCACCUAUGCACUUUUGCUAAAACAUAUUGGAGGCGCAAAAGAAACAUGUCAUAUUUUUAUGCAAGGAAAUAACUUCUUAUUUCGUUAUUAAGCUAUUUGAAAAACAAAUCUUACUCUGAAAUGUUUUAAAUGAAAAUAUGGAAUUUCAAGUGCAAUUUUUAAUCACUGGGACACUAAAUUGUUUUAGUGAUAAGUGAGUUUUAAGUAUUAUAAAAUAAAUCCUUUUUGGGUGAAUCUUUUUGUAGGUAUUUGGUUUUAGGAACAAUAUGUUUAAGAGCAGUGCCUUUUCAUGUGUAUUUAAUUGAGAAAGCAAAGCUUUUAAACUUCUUUUUCAAUUCUCUUAUUUUAUUAAUAUAGGGUAAAGUUACGUAAGUCGUAUCUUCUAAGAAAAAACAUUUAAAAAUCGUAGAAGCUAUGAAAAAUAUGAGAAUCCUGUGUGGUAAUAGUUUUUCGUAUUGUCGUUACAGAUAUUUAUUACAACAAAACACCAUACAAUGUACUCUCUUGGAUAAAAUUAAUAAAAUUCACGAACACAAAAUUAAAACGACUUAGACAAUCAGUAUUCUAAGUAAUACCACCUAUAGCUUAAAUUGAACUGCGAUUAAAAUUGAACAAAUAUAAUAAAACUUUUUCUCAAUUAAUUUAUUUAUAAAAUUAAUUACAACAAUGGUCACAACGAUAUUGUUUCAUUUUCUUGUCAACUCCACAUAAGUCGUGUGUCCAUCCUUUACAUUUUAGGCACUGAAUCAUUUCUUCAUAGAUAUUAUAGGAAGAAGAACACGGUGUGAAAGAAAAUAUGUUGACGGUGUGAAAAAAAAUCGUAUUGCCGGAAAAGGCACAGUUGGCAUGAUAUUGCGCCUAAUUAUUUAAAACGUACGACUUAAGAGGUGGUACGACUUGCCCAACCUUACUCAUAAAUUUAGUUAUCAACGAUUUCAAGUUAUUUAGAGUAUGUCAAUUGCAAAAAAUGUAAAUGUUGUAGAUUUUCAUAGCCGAAGUUAUUACUAAUGAAGAACUACAGGUUUUCUGCAAUACUUUUGAAAUUUGCUGUGGAUAAUAUAUUUUUUCAAUGUGGUCGCGUUUACUAUAUUCGUCACACUACCUUUUAACGUAACAAAAACUGGUGGAUUUAAGUUAAGGCGUCGUGAAAGUUUAUACUUGCUUAUACUGACAUGCAUAAUGAUAGCUAGUAGACUACAAAGCUUAGAACCAGCGAAUAACUGAAAUAUAUAGCCUUAUAGGCUUAAAAAUGAUGCGAGAAUUGCCUUUAAAUAUUAAGUCAAUAAUCUGCCGAGAUUUAUUGUCACUUUCUCAAAACGUGUUAUUACAUUGCAGUAUUCUUGCAAUGUAAGGUGACAUUAAAUGAACUGAUAAUUAAAAAUGGCUCAAUGAAAUGAGUAUUUAUUUCUGCUCUUGGCAGAUUUGGGGCAAUAGAUGACUGGGCCCCCUCUUAAUUGUUCCUUUCAAACUUAACCACUUCUCUUUAGUUAUUAUUGAGCAUUUUCUUAAUAAUUAAAGUAGCUUUAUAUGCUUUAAUAGAAGAAAAUGUUUUUCGAUGAAUUUGUCAUUGAUAUGUGCUAUUAUAUAUCAUUUUUGAUUCCUGUUUAAUCCUUUUUAAUCAAAAAGAAUAUUCUAGCCAAAAUUAUUUGUCUUCCUAAAGCCUAGUGUGGAAUAAGACUUAUUAGCAAAUUAUUCAGUAUAAUCUAUUUUUACAUUUGGAUUGCAAAAGUCUCUGUUUUCUAACUGUUAAAGAAGGAAAUUCAUUAAUUAUUUUAUAGUCUCUUUAUACCUAACGUUCUAAAUUAUUAGCCCACAAUCAUUACAUUUAACUGGCCUUUAUAAUGGUGCCAUCUGGUUGCAAGGUUGACAUAAUCUGAUUAGUCAUCCCUCAUUCUCAGGUAUAUUUUUUAUUUAAUUAAAGAUAAAUUGAAUUUCUAAUUAGAUAAUUAAAUUCUUGGCUUGAAAAGGAAAAAUAUAAAUAAAGUUAGGGAAAUUUAAUUUUUCAAUACCUUAAACUAAAUUUUCAGUACAAAAUAUCGAUAUAUUUUCCCCUCUUCUUUAGAGUCCCCCUAAGCUAGGGGCCUCCGAGUGCCCUUGUGGUACUUACGACCUUGUCCAAAUGUAUCAUAUUUAUUCAGGAAUAUAAUGCAGUGGUCUGAAAGCAUUUUAAUAAUUAUAAAGCUUAAAUUUUGGUAAUUAAUUAAAUCAACUUACGUUUUAUAAUAUUUAUUUCAAAAAGCUGCACAUUUUUAGUUGUUUUGUUCUUAAACUAUUUUUUUAGACAACUCGUUUCAACUUUCAAUGAUACUUCAAAAAGGAUAGAUUAUCGCUACAUUGUCAAAUUUAUUUAUUUAUAUCAUUUUUAUCAAAAUUUUAAAAAAUUAGCAGGAAACAUUAAAUAGGGAAAGAACGUAUAGUUAGUUUUCCUGUUUAGUGUUUGUUUUUAUUUGAUGCAUCACUGCAAGGCGUGUACGAUACAAUGUAGUUUGCGAUGAAUUAAUUGAACAUAUUUAAAUAUUUUAGUAUUUUAUGUACUGAGACUCUGGAAUAAGAAAAUGUUAUAUAAAUAUAAGAAUGGAAUAUUUCGAACUCUAGCUUCUUUGUAAUAUGCCCUUGUUAUCUAGAAUAAGGAAAUGGACUGUUAUUAAAACAAAAAUUCAUUUGUUAAUAUUCAUUUAAAAAAUAAAGAGAAAAUCUUACUCGGUUCUUGAUUGUUGAGCUUCUCGAGAAAGUAACUUAAAUGCAUACUCCUUUAUUUGGCAUAAAUAAAAAGGAGGCAUAUACGUUGCUACCUAAUACACUACACUCGAAAUCUACACCAGAACAUUACCAGAGAAAACCACUAAUGUUUAUUAGCGUAUAAAAGUGUAUUAGCACCAUUAGCUUGUAAGGGAUAUUAACGUACAAAAGUGUAUUAGCUAUAAAGACGUUUUAGCGCCAUUUAUAGUCUACAGUUCGCAAGAAAUAUAAUGGUUUACAAAUAUACAAAGAAACUAAUUUAUAAUAUUCUCUAAAAUAACAAUAAUGUGUAAUAAUCUUUAUAAAUAUCUAAAAAAUAGCAUCAUUUUCAAUCAUUUUGUAUGUAACGAAUUUUUAUCUGUAAAUUAUUCUUUUAAUAUAAGAUUUUUUAAUAUAAUAUUAAUUUUGCAAUGAAUACAGUAUAUAAUUUUA